AUGCUGGUUUGGCUGAAGAGAAAGAAGGCAGUGGAUUUGGACGUUGGAGGCUUGGAUUUGCUUCAUGGCGGUGUUGAGAUGAUGGCUGCCCAGUUUGCGAAACCUGGGUCGGAUUCAUUUGAUACCAAGGAUGGGAUGAAGCUGCCAAGUUACCGAGGAGAUAACAUCAAUGGCGAUGCCUUUGAUGAGAAAUCUAGCGUUCCUGGUCCACAGAGGCUUAUCAGAGUUUACCUUCAUAGGGUAGAUGAUGCGAUUGGGUUCAUGGUUGCAGCUGGUCUUACCAUUGAUCACCCCAUCAUGAACACAACCGAGUUUCGGACAUCACACGAGUGCCUUCAUCUGCCUUACGGGCAGGCCAUGACAAGGAGUAUUCGCGACGGGUCUCUUCUAUGA